AAACAAGGAUACGGAAGAUUACUGAUAGAGAUGUCGUAUGAGCUAGCCAAGAUUGAAAAUAAAAUAGGGGCAUCAGAAAAACCAUUUUCCGAUCUUGGAUUAUUAUCAUACCAAAAGUAUUGGCAGGAAACGAUUAUUGAAAUUCUGCAUCGAUAUCAUCAAUUUCAUGGAGGAGAAAUUACAAUAGAAGAAAUUUCAGAAAAAACAUACAUCGAUCAAAGAGACAUUUUGUACACAUUGCAUACACUUGGAAUUGGUUCAUAUCAAGGCCAGACAACAAUUCGACUGACAGAUGCAAUGGUAGAUAUGUCAAAACAUAAAAGACGUAAGGUUGAUAGGUCAAAGCUUGAUUUGACACCGCCAAUUUUCACAUUCAAUCAACUUCGCUAUACUAAAUAA